AGAUAAAAAUUUUACGUUUUUCACACGAAUUAUCCUCAGUUCCAAUUAUUCUAGUUGCUUAUCUCAUUCGCCCGUGAUCCUCAUAUCAAUAGAUUAGUAAAUAUUCCUUCAUUAGAUUUCCACAGAUAUAGCAAUAACCGAGGAUCUGUAAUUUUGUGCGUAGAAUAUAGAAACAUCAACAAAAUAAAGUAUUAUUCCAGUCCCUAGUUUUCAGAGAUUAUUUGGAUUAGAAAUAUGGCAGAAAAUUUGGUUCUAAGUGAGCAGAUGAGCGAUGUUGUUUUGAAAGUGAGACACAAUGGAUAUUCAUGGAGAUUUCCGGGACAUUCCUUGUUGUUAAAUGCUCGUUCUAGUGUGCUUCGGGACAUCUUAGAACAAAGAGCAGACGAUGCCUAUGCUUCGCCGAUCACUAUUGUAGGACUUGAACCAGAAACUGCAGUGGCAAUACUCAGAUAUAUUUACUCUGGGACAUUACCUACAAAAGUAACAGCGAAUCUGAUAGCAGCUGCUGAAAAAUAUGAUCUAGAGAGUCUGAGAGAUUAUCUUGAAGAAAUGGUAAUAACAGAUCUAACCAUACAACAAGCCUGCCAAAUGCUGAAUGGAUUCGAACAUGAGCUGCCAUUGACAGACGAUUGUGCCUUGAAAACGGCCUGCUUCACUCUUCUUGAAUCACAUGCCUACACCGUUUUCGCAUCAGAUUCAGUGUUGAAUCUGAGUAAAAACACUUUACUAAGACUUUUGGAGUCAGACAAAUUAAAUGUUCCAGAUGAAUCGGUUGUUUUUUGGGGAAUAUGGCGUUGGGGUAUCUACAAUAGUUCUCGUAGUGGUCGAAGCUUGGAGGAUGGUAAUGUUUCAAGCUAUAUUCAUGAUAUUCUCAGUCUAUUACGUUUAUGCGGAAUGAGGAGACGAGAAGGUGUUCCAGAUUGCGCAUUGAAAAAAUUCAAUCGUUGUGCUGGAAGGAGAAGUAGAUAUUUGCCACCAGAAGACAUUAUACAACAAAGCAGCGCCCUCAGAACGUGUGGGAUGUGGGAUGAAGUGUGUGAUGCAAUUGUGGGAGACGAAGGAAAUCUUUGCAUCCAGGUGUCUUUUGAUAGAGACGUCAUGCUGGUUGGCAUCACUUUGGAAGCUUGCGGGUCAGAAAAGAUAAUAGGACAUUUGCGGAUAUUCGAGGAAUCAAGUGGAAAGGAGUUGUUGAGGCAGGAAAUAAACUGUGGUCGUUGCCUUCUCCGGAAGCUGAGCCGGACACAAGAACCGGAAUCCUGGGUCGAGUCGGACGUGGUACUUUCAGAGCCCCUCAUCUUGCGAAAAUCGGAGAUUUGUUCUAUUUAUCUUCAGAUAUCCGGCACACCCUGGGCGUUGCCUAGAGCUGCACCUCGACCUAGAAGAAGGAAGGUUGAAUCCACAUUUGCACAACUCCAUGGCCAAUCUGUGGUUGCGAUCCGGGAAUUACACUUAGUACCGGACAUGACUCUAACAUGGGGAUCAAGAAGAUAAUAAAUUAUUAUCUAUAAUUAACAUUCUUGGAAUUAUGUGCGAUGAGCAUAUAACUUAAACUGUUUUAGUAUAAUUUAUUUUACUCAUGUUUUUAAUAUAACUAUUUAUUUAAUGCAAAGUUUCAUAUACUCUGAUAACUUCACCCUCACAUCAUAUAACAAAAAUAAUUUCUAAGAACAAUGCUAAUAUAAUGCUAUACAAUGCUAUAAAAUGCUUUAAAAUGCCUUACAAUGCUUUAAAUGGUUACGUAAAAAUGCAAAUAUUAUUUUGCAGUAAUAAUUAAAACAAGUGAAAUUAUCUUUUCUUUUCUUGGUAAAUAUCUUUCGACAAAAAUUCGACAAUAAUUUAUAGAUUAAUUAUAUUAGUAUGAAUUUUUAAUGCAUACUUAUUGGUUAAACAUGUUUAAGUAAUAACUAAUGCACUUAACAUUAAUUUUUAAUUUAAAGAGCUUGGGAUAAUGCAGUGAUAGGCCACCUUCCCUCAAAAGGUUACAUUUUUACGCUAAAUUGCUUCUAAAUAUUGGUUUUUACAUAUUGAUUUUUACAUAAUUAAUAAAAUUUUUAAGAAUUUACACUGGAAAACAUUUUAUUGCUUACAAGAAAAUGAGGUACUUUUGCUCAAAAAUAUUCUCGAAAUGAUUUUAAAACGUAGCUUAGAUAAAUUUUAUUUCGAACUUAAUUAUAAACUGAGCAAUUUAGUGAUAAGCAACCUUCCUUACACCUUUCUUUUUAUCUAAUUUUUUCAACAAAGAAAACAAGCUUGUUUAAUAAAUAAACAUAAAUACAAACUGAAUUAACAUAUUUAGGAAAGAAGAUAAUCAGAUUCGGAAAUUUUAUAUAAUGAAGUUUAUCUUAUAAUUGAGAAAAAUAAGUAAAACAAUGUAAUUAUGCCGUUCAUCAUACUUUGUUUAAAUUAAUUUGAUCAAAUAGGUCAUGAACACGUGAAAGAUAACCCAUUACAUUUAAUUGUUCGAUGCGAUUUAAAUUCUAUUUUUGAAAAAAUGUCUUCUACCUAUAAUGUUUUAAAAUAAUAUUUUAAUACAAAACAUACGAUUAAAUAAGAAAUUUUUCAUAACGUUUCAUUUAUGAAAUAAUUUUUUCAUAAAUAAAAAAAUUAUUGUAAAUUACAAAUUACCUUUUGAAUUCGCUUUUGUCAUAAAUUAUUUUUCUAAAUCUCGUUCGCAUACAGCAGUUGUUUUUAUAUUUUAAAUUUAUUCUUUUAUUUAAUGUAUUGUUUUAUUUAAUGUAUUGUUUUAUUUAAUGUAUUCUUUUAUUAAAUGUAUUCUUUUAUUUUAAAUUUAAGGUAGUAAUGUUUAGUUAACAAUAAUUGAAUUCAUUUUAUUUAUAGUUUUCAUCAAAAUAAUUCUAAGUAUUUGAACUUUGUUUUUUCGUUAUGCUGAUAACACAUUACUUAACGAAACUUGUUUCAAUUUAUUGUAUCAGUGUUUAUGUCAUUUUGAGAACAGGUUUUUACUUUGAUAAUUUGUUUUUGAUUUUAAUAACUAUUUUGUAAAAUAGUAUUUGUAUUUUUCUUUAUUUAAUAUUCAAUCAAUGUAUUUAUUUGUAAACAAAAAGUAAUGUAUCAAUAAAUGUUUUUACAUUUUCAUGAAAU